ACUGCACCAGCUAAAAUAGAAUUACUACUGUGGGACCAGGAAGAAUCUACCAUGUGGGCACCAGCUAUCAUAAUCUGCCUAUUGGCUCCUCUCUAUAAAGCCCAUGAUACAUGUCCAGAAGUGAAAGUUGUGGGUGUCGGUGAUUCAGGCACGCUGACCAUACUCAGAGGAUGUCCAGGAAUACCAGGACAUCCAGGUCAAAAAGGAGAAUUGGGGUCAACAGGAGAGAAAGGAGCCCGUGGAGAGCCGGGAAAAUAUGGACCUCCAGGUCAGAAAGGUGAAAAGGGAGACAAUGGUGAUGCUAACUUGGUAUAUGCUGCUAGAAACUGUAAGGAACUACUAGACCAGGGAGUGGUCCUCAGCGACUGGUACACAAUAUACCCAGAUGGUGUCCAUCCCAUGAAGGUGCUGUGUGACAUGCAUACCGACGGAGGAGGCUGGAUAGUUUUCCAAAGACGUUGGGAUGGCUCUGUGGAUUUUUUCCGUGACUGGAAGUCCUAUAAAUCAGGGUUUGGCAGCAGGCUUAAUGAGUUUUGGCUGGGGAAUGAUAAUCUUCAUAAAUUAACCUCAUCGGGCUCAUGGGAAUUGAGGAUUGAUCUGCAUGACUUUGAGAACACAAAGCACUUUGCUAAAUAUGAAACCUUCCAGAUUCUGGAGGAGUCAGAGAAGUAUAAGUUAUUAAUUGGAGCCAUGAAGGAGGGUAAUAUAGGGGAUUCUAUGAAGGUUCACAACACCAUGCCAUUUUCCACCAAGGAUCAAGACAACGACUUAUGGUCUGAACAUUGUGCUACUAAAUACAAGGGAGCGUGGUGGUACAAUGGUUGUCAUCAUUCAAACCUCAAUGGGUUGUAUCUGUUAGGAAGUCACAGCAGCAACACAGCAGAGGGGAUCAACUGGUAUGGCAGAGGGCACAAUUAUUCCUACAAACAUUCGGAAAUGAAAAUUAGGCCUUUGUAAACUAUCAAUAAUUACAUUUUAAAAUAUUAUGGGGGCCUAACAUCUAUGGUAGACAUUGAAAAUAAAGGCUAGAAUGUGAUUGAACUGCGUUUGGGUUAUCUUUACAAGUUUUGAUUAUCAAGAUUUUCAUAGUUAAGCACAAACAAGAUUUCUGAGUUUUUAAGAAAAAAACCUAAAAAUAAAAAUCUUAAAU